AAGCCGCUGCUCAGCUGUUCCCGCCAAGCUCUGUGAUUGGUUGGUUUUGACAAGCGUCUUUUACCCGCCAUUUCUCCCUCUAGUCGAUUAUAUACACGUUAGUGCGCCCUUAGCCAGCCCAGGCAUGUCAGACCACGAGACCAACAAGAAGAGGAACGAGAUGGCAGAAGACUCCGUAAAGACAGAGGAAAAGUCUAAGCAGAAAAAGGGAAACAACAAAGAACCUGCCAAGAAAGAAGAAAAGGAAGUGGUGGAAGAAAGUAAAGAAACAGAACCCAAUAAGGAAGAAAAAGAAGAGGAGGAGAAGCCCAAAAAAGCAAAUGAAGUGAAGGAGGAAGCUUCUAAAGAAAAAAAGCCCAAACAGAAGAAAGAGGAUGCCCCAGCUAAGGAAGUCCCAUCCACUCCCAAAAAAGAAAGUGAUGUUCCGCUGUACGACCAGCCGCUGGAGAUGAGUGGCAAGAGGGACAGGAAGAAAGUGGAACGGUUUGUACAGGAGACGAAGAAGGAGGAACUCAAUGUGACGGGCAGUGGUGUUCCCUUCGGAGACAUUCCCUUCAUCGAUGCCAUGAUCUCAAAAAUGACAGUGGAGGAACUGAAAGUCCUGCACAGAGUGGCCUACAACAGGCCUGGCAGCGGUAAUGAAAUCAAGAAGAACCUCCGCAAGUUUAAUGGGUUCCCGUAUACUAAAGAGGACAAGAAGUACCAGAGCAAAUUCAUCACAGUUGAAAAAAUAGUGAUGUCAGAACUCAAAAAGAUCUUGAUGAUCCUGGGCCUGGAACGGUCAGGAAACAAGGGGGAGGUGGUGGAGAGGCUGAUGACAUUCAUGAUGCAGCCGGAGGACACGGGGAAGAAGCCGCCUUCUUCUAAGAAGGGGAAAAGCAGAGGAAGGCCGAGCAAAAAGAAUCUAGAGAAGAAGCAGAACAAUACAUCCCAGGAUGAGUCGGGAAGCUCCAGGAGUGACAGCAAUCAGUCCGGCACGGAGCAGGAGGACGAAGGGGAAGAUGAGGAGGAGCCCGAAGAGAAGCCCAAGAAGACACCUGGUAGGAAACCAGCAGCAAAGAAGACGCCAGGCAAGAGAACCCCAGCUGCUAAGAGGACGCCAGCGGCCAAGAGAGCAAAGCCAGCAGCAACUGAUGACUCAGACUCGGAUGAUGAACCCUUGGCCAAGAAAGUGAAGCAGCCGCCCUCAGAUGCAGAACUGAAGGUGAUGGUGAAGAAGAUCCUAGAGGGUGCCAACCUUGAGGAAGUCACCAUGAAGAGUGUGUGUCGCCAGGUGUAUGACAGCUAUCCAGACUUUGACCUCACCCACAAGAAACUUUUCAUUAAGGAAACAGUUAAAUCGAUAAUCUCGUGAUAUGGCAGCGUUCCACCAAUAACUAUAGUACAAAUUGUUCAUACAUUUUUAUAAUUUUAAUAUGAAAAAAUCAUAAACUGUACUAAUGAGAACAGUGAAAAAAAGUAUUUUACCAAUACUUCAAGUAUUGCAAAUUAUAUAGGCUAAAUAGUGGCACCAACAGUUGUUGUCCUAAUUUUUUAUGAGUGUGGCACAAAUUUUUAUGCAUCUUCACACAACUGCUACAACUGUGUGAUGUUCUCUCAUUAUUUCUUCUCAUGACAUGUUAUUUCUUCUUAUGAACAUUUUUUUUUAGUUUGUAGUUACUGGUUCACUUGACCCAUUAAUGCAUUAUCUUCACCUGAGAUCCAAAUUAGGAUGCAGAUAGAUAUUUAUUCAAGUGAGAAAUACAUACACCAAGUAUAUGUAUGUGUCACUGUCAGCCACUCAUUCAUUUGAAACCUUGGGCUGUGUUGUAUGAAAGGAUGUGUGAUGCCCCAUUGUCCCUUCUCAGUUUGCUCUUCUCCACCUUACUAGCUGACCAACUCUGUCUCAAGUGAUGGAUGAGGAACGAAGGACUCUUGUAUCGAGCCAGUGUCUUACUCAAUUACUCCUCGGCCAUUCUCAUUUAGGAAAGUCACUGAACCAAUGUCUUAAUUCCUCAAUCAUCUACAAUCUAACUAUGAGCCAGUGUCUUACUUUAUCAGCUGUUUUCACUUUUGUAUGAAGUUCAUGUUACUGUUACUGUCUCACCCAUGCUGACUUAUUCUUGGCCACUGUCUGACCCACUUUCAUUCUCAGACAUUUCUAUCCCUGUUCUGAAUCCAUUACUGGAUCCACUGUCUUACCUUCUCAUCAACUUUAACACUAAGCCAAUAUCUGACUUGCUGUUUUACUCCCUCAGCCAUUUAUAGCCAUAGGAAAGUCCUCCGUGUGUAUCAUGCAAUAUUUGUAUAAAACACAACACAGUUUUUGCAUACAUUGUUAGUACUCAUAUGUUACCUUACCUACCUUACUUACCCACCUGCCCACCCUCACACAUUAUUUUUUACCAGAUUAGAAACUAUUUUUACACUUAUGACUAGAUUCCUGAAGCUGUACCUAAGCCAUGAACCAGCUUGACUUGUAGACAUGCUUACAGUGCGCCAAGCUGAGUGCUAAUUUGGAAGGGUAAUGCAUGUAAUGGCUUGUAUGUAGUCAAUGCUUAUUCUCAGCUUCCUUGGAUAUACUUGUAACCUAUGCUCAUUUAUCUUUCCUGCCAUCAGCUCCUCAAUUUUUGUUUUCUUUUAUGACAAAAUGUUAAUACUAAUAUAAUGUGGAGUUGAAUUGUGAUUAUCUUUUAAGUCCUUGAAGUGUUUUGUAUUAGGUUCCUAAGUCCCAGCCUAUGCAUUAUCUGUUGGAUCAGUCAGGUAAUAAACAAUUGCCAUAACACUAUCUUUGUUAUCACAGAGCAUUACUUAAUUCUAUGAAGUUUGAAGCCUUUUGAGUUUAUAGUUGUUGUUCACAUUCUCCAAUUAGUGUCUUAUUAUUGUCAGCCGUGGUUUUAUGAGAGCUCAUGCACCACCUUCACCAAAAGUAACUUAAGUAGAACAUAUAUUUUUGUCCCCAACUACAUGCCGAAUUCUUAUCUGCAACUCCUUCACGGGAUUGUGCAUCACCUUUGAAUUAGGGUAACCAAUUUUGAUAGGGAAGGGGGUUGUGUACUGAAAUACAGUGUGACUAUCGAAUUGAUAUGAAUUUGUACGUAAGUGAUUUAUUUAUACUAUUCUAGUAAUUUUAAAAAUUUUACAUGCAAGAGUGAUUGAUUGCUUUCUAGCAAUAACAAGAUAUUUAAAUAUGCAAUGGUCAUCCCAAUAAAGAAGUGGUAACAUUAUGCACUUCAAAUACAUUGCCUGUUUGUUAUUGCAAGGAUUGGGGCUUAUGACCCUAUGUGAAGCAAGUGUACAGAUGUGUGUGUUAUGCUGUGAGAUGUAGUGUUAAUAGAGGUAGGGUUCAAAUCAUUCAGCAGAUGUAUAGUUGUCAACCCUCAUGACAGUGGUAAAUACCAUACCCAACCUCUUUUUGUACCAGAUAAGGACAUACUAAGUGUAAGAUCCUAAUAAAUUAGACUUAGAUA